UUGUCAGUCAUAGCCUGUGUCAUUGCCUCCAGGAAGUUGAAAACUGUUGCUAUUCCUAACCUUUAAUUUUGUGACAACAAUACCUAUUUAAGUCUGUAUUUAUUACAGUUUAGCUAUUAUUUAAAAAAAUGGAAAUGCCAGAGUACGUCACAACCAUAAAGGAAUUCGUGGAGGCGCACGCCGUCGGUCUCACCGUUGCAUUUGUUGCAGGGACAAGCCUGCUGGCCUUGCGCAGGUGGCUGGCAGGGGGAGUGUGUCGGAGCAAGGCCAGGUUGGAUGGGAAAACAGUUCUUAUCACAGGAGCCAACACCGGCAUUGGGAAGGAGACGGCCCUGGAUUUGGCACGACGAGGGGCCCGAGUGAUCCUUGCCUGCAGAGACCUAACUAAAGCCCACCUGGCAGCUGAUUCCAUCCGUCAGAAAAGCGGGAACGGAAACGUGGUGGUGAAGCGACUGGACCUCGCCUCCCUUAAGUCGGUCAGAGACUUGGCCAAAGACGUCCAGAUGACUGAGCAACGCUUGGACAUCCUCAUCAACAACGCAGGUAUCAUGAUGUGUCCCAAGUGGAAGACUGAAGACGGCUAUGAGAUGCAAUUUGGCGUCAACCAUCUGGGACAUUUCCUCCUCACCAACCUUCUUGCCGACAUGCUGAAAAGGUCCGCUCCGAGUCGAAUCGUCAUUGUCUCCAGCCUGGCGCACGAAAAAGGUCACAUCCACUUCGACGACAUCAACCUGGAUCAAGACUACCAACCCGACGUGAGCUACCGGCAAAGCAAGCUGGCCAAUGUGCUCUUCUGCAGAGAGCUGUCUUCCAGACUGCACGGCACCGGGGUGACAACGUACAGCCUCCACCCCGGCGUCGUCCGCACUGAGCUGGCCCGCCACAUGUUCCCGACUGUGGCCCUGUGGAAGAGGAUUCUAGCCAUGCCCUUUUUGAUGAUGAUCAAAAGUCCCUGGGAAGGAGCUCAGACUACAAUCUUCUGCGCUGUGGACGAGAGUCUGACCAACGCCAGCGGACUGUACUACAGUGACUGUGCUGUAAAGACUCCUGCCCCAGCGGUACUGGAUGAUGCUGUAGCCAAACGACUGUGGGUCCUCAGCGCCUCCAUGGUUGGCCUGGUUUGAAAUCAGCAGCCUGCUGCACCUCCAUUGAUACUGCAGAGGCAACCAGGCAAUGACUGGAUGAAGGCAAGGUGCUGAAUUAUGUGGCCUUUUUUUUUUUUUAAAUUUGACCUUAAAGUGACGUAUUUGCACUCCCCGUUUGCACUGUCUGUAAUCUAUGAAAGUAUUAGGGUCACACUGAAAAGAAAAAAAAAACUGUCUGGGGAGGGAAAAAUGUUGCAAUAUUGCGAAAUGAGGUGAAAAAAAUACAUAAAAAAGAUGAAAUUGAUAUUACAAUGAGUAUGGAGCAAUAUUACAGAAUAAAUCACGUUGUGAGUAAAGUACAAGAAUCAUCUCAUAAUAUUACUGAAAACGUUUUUGUGGGAAAACAUUUGAUUAUACACCAAAAUUCUUACAUUAUUAAUAAUUUAAGAGAAGGUAAUUUAUAUGACUAGAAAAAAACGUACAUUUUUUUACUUGAAUAAGGAUGUAAUUUUAUGCAAACAAAGUCAAAGUCAUAAUACUUAUGACUACUUUUGGGAUUAUUGUGAUUUCUUCUCAAAUAAAUGGCAUCUUUUUCACAAAUUUGAUUUGACUUUUUUUGUUUAAAAUCACAACUAUAUUCCAUUAACAUUACAAGUCUUUAUUCUCAUAAUAUUAGGAUUUCCUCUCAUAUUUUUGCUUCUUUCAGUGUGACCCCUACCAAUCCUUCAUCCUUUUGAGGUAAAUUGCGCUGAUGUCUUGUUUAUUGCUGUGAUAUCGUGUUGUGACUAGAAGGUCACAUUUUCUCAUCAGCUGCUGUACUCUUGAUUAACUAAAAUGCAAGCCAUGCAUUACCUGUCGAUGAAAUGAUGCACCAACAGUACUGUUAGAGUAUGUCUAUGCAGUCAUCAAGAUUUAAAAAAAAACAUGCAGGGAAGACCGCAUUUAUUUGGGAGAUUGUUAGUGUGAAGGGAUUUUAUUGUAUAAGUGGCGUAGUGAUUUUUGUGUUGUAUCUGACAGAGCAUCAUAAAACACACCAAGUACAAUUUAAGUAGCUGUAAGUACCGUCAUAAAAAUUUGGCUCGUUUUUGCACCAGUGAUCGCCCUACAGUUGUGAAGUGCAAUUUAUUUUUAAGCCACAAAUACAAAUGGACAGCCCUGAAAGUGCAAUAUUAAAGCCAUGUUUAGAAGUCAUCGUACUGUAAUAAAUAUGUAAUAAACUGACAAUGUCUGCUCAUUUUAACGAGUGCUCCA